GUGGUCUGGACAAGGCCUUGCCUCUCUGAAUGGUGAAGACUGGAUUUGAAGUCAUUGCCCUCCCUCUCCGCCUGCUCUCUCCAGAGUUGUGCUCCACAGAGCAGCCAGGAGUAGAGAGGUGCCUCACCCAGAGAUCAGGCCAUGUUUCGGCUGUCCCAAACCUGUUUCCUUCUCCUGCUGCUGCACGUCGUGGCCUCCGAGGUCUUCGUGAACAGUGACGAUGCUAACCAGGUUCUGAACCGGCGGCGGCGGGCCAACAGCCCAUUUGAGGAGUGGCGGCAGGGAGACAUGGAGAGAGAGUGUAUCGAGGAACGCUGUGACAGAGAGGAGGCUAGGGAGAUCUUUGAGGACGACAAACUGACUACUGAAUUCUGGAACACAUAUUACGAUGGAGAUGCCUGUGUUUCUAAGCCAUGUGUCCACAAUGGCGUCUGCAAGGACGGGAUUGGGAUGUACACCUGCUUCUGUCUCGCUGGAUUCCAGGGGUACAACUGUGAGAUUGCCAUUCCUGAGCUGUGUGAGAAUAAGAAUGGCGACUGCGAUCACUUCUGCCAAGUGAAGAAGGACAGUGUGCAAUGCUCCUGUGCUGAUGGCUACUAUCUGGACACAGACGACAAGUCCUGCCUUUCCAACGAGGCCUUUAAGUGUGGCUUUGUGGUAUCCAAGAACACCCGUAGCAUCUUCAUCUACCAGCCUAACACCACUGCCACCAACACCACUGAAAAGAACAACAUGAUGGAGGACCCUAUCAGGGAAACGGCCUGGAACGUAACCCAACAGAGAGAAAUCCAAUUUGCAUUUGAGGAUGACGUUAUCGAAAUGGUGAAGGAGAAGCCAGUCUUUGCCGAGGCGAGAGGCAACACCCGUAUUGUCAAUGGGGAGGAGUGUCCUCCUGGAGAAUGUCCCUGGCAGGCUUUCCUGGUAAACCACGAGGACAGGGGCUUCUGUGGAGGAACCAUCCUGAAUAAGUACUUCAUCUUAACGGCAGCACAUUGCAUGAACCAGACACGCUCCUUUUACGUUGUCCUUGGAGAGUUUGACACGGAGGUGAAGGAUGGGCGGGAGGCCAUCCACCAGGUGGAACAGGUGUUCAUCCACAGGUCCUACAUCUCCACCACCUAUCACAACGACAUCUCCCUCGUCAUGCUGAAGGACCCUAUCAAGUUCACCCAGUUCAUCCUCCCUGCCUGCCUGCCCGAACGAGACUUUGCAGAGAAGGUGUUGAUGAAACAGCAUGACGGGCUGGUGAGUGGGUUCGGCCGUGUGGGGGAGGCCAAGCAGCCGUCCACCAUCCUGCUGCGUCUGACCGUGCCCUACGUACCCCGGGCCACCUGCCUUCAGUCCAGCCAGCACAAGAUCUCCAACCGCAUGUUCUGCGCCGGCUACGAUAAGGAGAAGAAGGACGCAUGCCAGGGAGACAGCGGAGGACCCCACGUCACCCGUUACAGAGACACUUGGUUCGUGACGGGCGUGGUGAGCUGGGGCGAAGGGUGCGCCCGUGAGGGCAAGUACGGCAUCUACACGCAGGUGUCCAAGUACAUCGACUGGAUCCGGGCGGUCACGGGGAAGUUUCUCCCCAAGGAGGGAGGGAAGAGGAAGACGAGGGGGGCAGUGUUCAGGCCCCAUGUGCACGCCAGCACGGUCUUCCUACGGUCGAAGAGAGCGAAUGCGUUCUUCUUGGAGGAGAUGCUUCAGGGGAACCUGGAGAGAGAGUGUUAUGAGGAGACCUGCAACUACGAGGAGGCCAGGGAGUACUUUGAAGACACACCCAAAACUGACACUUUCUGGAAUGUCUACGUAGAUGGGGACCAGUGCAAACCCAAUCCCUGUCUCCAUGGCGGCAGCUGCAAGGACAGCAUUGGAGGUUUCACCUGUAGCUGCACAGAGCUGUACCACGGGAAGAACUGUGAAAUAGAUGGCUCUCAGUGCCCCACCAAGGGGCCCUUCUCCUGUGACCACUUCUGCAGUCCCAACUUUGGAGCAUACCAGUGCUCCUGCACCACGGGGUACAAGAUUCACAGUGAUAAGAGGAGCUGCAUACCUGCAGUUAAGCACCCCUGUGGAAGACUCCAGCCAACAAACCAAAUCAACACAGCCUAUCACGUCUGUCCACACAACCGCUGUCCAUGGCAAGUGGUGUUUGUGGAUGAGGCUGGUGCAGAGCUGUGUAGCGGGGUGAUCCUGGGGCCUCAGGCGGUCCUGACCUCAGCUAGCUGCCUGUACAUGGGAAAGAAAGUCCACAGCAUGCAGACAGGUGCCUCAAAUAAUAGUGUGAGGAUCCCUCUAUCGACCCAACUGUACGUUCACAACCGCCACGAGAGAGGCAGUCUGGAGGACGACCUGGCCUUGGUGAGACUGAAUGAGCCCCUUCCCUUCGGCACCUCUGUCUCCCACCUGUGCCUGCCCACUAAGGAUUUCAGUGAGAACGUGUUGAUGAGUCCAGGUAGGGAGGGGGUGGCCACGGGUCCGGAUAAGUUCCGGGGACAAUCCCACGGCCCCCCUGUUCUCUCCUACCUGCAUGCGGAGGGCUGUCGGAACCAGGUGAACGUCUCCCAGCCCCUCACCAACAAGAUGUUCUGUAUGGGGAGCCAGAAGGGCUUCUGUGGGACUGAGUUGACUAGGUUUAAUGAGACAGACCUCAAACCAGGACUAAUGAGGAACUGCAGCCUUUUGUCCGGGACCCCCGUUGUGACUGUGGAGAGGGGUACAGCGUUCCUAACAGGCUUGCACCUUUCGCCACCCACGUCGCAUGGCUGUGGACAAACCCUGUUGUUCACCAAGUUGUCUCGCUACUUGCAAUGGAUCCAGCAGCGCCUGGAGAUGACAGAGAUGAGGAUGACACCACAAAUGACCCAUGACCCACCUGGACCUUAUGUGUAACCCCAACUAAGGGUUAGCCUGAUCCCUACCUACACUGGACUUACAGCCAACAAGGUUGCGUUCAAGAUUGAAGUUGUUUUUUCCAAGGUUAACAAUGUAAAUGAAAGCGAGUGGUUAUAUUUUAACAUGUACUAUAAUUAUAUAAAUCAUUCAUCUUCCACACUUCCUUAAUAAACAAAAAUGUGGUACAAGGAGUAAAACAACAAAACUUUUAUUCAAAAUGUAAAAAUAUGACAAAAUAAAAUGCAACCUAAAUAAUAA